AUGGUUCAAAGUAAGAUUAGGAGGAAUGGUAUCCAACAAAUCAGAGUCGGCAACAGUGACAAUGGCAUAGUUGGUAUCAGUAGUGUCCUUAGUAGUGAACAAGACAGUGUAUCUCUGAGCAACGUGCACAUAAAGAAUAUCAGCAGGAGUGGGUUCAGUGUAAACACCAUCAACCUCGACAAUAGUCAUGUUGUGGCCCUCAAUGUAAAAGUAUUGAGCAACAAAAGCACCAAUGUUGAUGAUUCUCAACAUAUAAGUGGUAUUGGGCUUAACAGGGAUCUUGGAGUUUUGAGUAUCAUUGAACAAAAACGAGUCGGGAAUAGGCUCGGCUCCAGAAGGAUUAUACAAAGACAAGAAACUAGGGUCGAUGCUCUCAAUAGUCUCAUGGUACCAAUCAGACAAGGUAACAAAGAUAUCUUCAUCAUAGUCAAAGGGGAAAGUCUUAUCAUGAACAAUAAGAGCUUGACGGUAACCAUCGGGAUAUUGCGAAUCGACGUGAGAGUGGUACCAGUAAGUACCGUUUUGAUCCACAGUGAAGUUAUAAGUGAUGUCUCCACCAGGAGCAACAGGACAUUGAGUGACCAUGACAGGACCGUCCAUCUCAGUACUUCCGUUCUGGAAGAUACCGUGGAAAUGGAUCGAGGCAUUACGAUCAGGCAAUCCAUUGUGCAUAUUCACGAUAAUACGGUCACCCUUGUCAACUUCAAUGACAGGCAAUGGCCAUUGGCCAUUGAUACCAACCACCUGACGUUCAUGAAGACCAUCGGGGUUGGCAUUGACCCAUGUAACGUUGAAAUCAUAGGUGCGGACUGCUGCGCUAACCGACGAAACAAGCAGCGACAAACCUGCUGUCAGCAAAGGCAAAGCAGAGCUGGCUUUCAUUGUGGAUCUGAAUGA